UGAUAUUAUUAUAAAAACUGACAUCAUUCGUGUUGUAUGACCUAUCGUCGUUUUUUACUGGACACCUUCAAAGCAGCUCGGAGGCUAAUUUAUUCAUCCAUUCCAGUCGAUUCUAAAACUCCGAAAAUGACUUCAAGUUUGGAUUUCUACCAAGUCGGAGACGCCAUCUGCGACGAAAUCCUUGGCCUGCUGGAAAUGACCGCCAACGAAACGUUGAAGAAGCAGGACAUUUUCCGGCUGGGAGUUUCGGGAGGUUCCAUCGCCAACAUCCUCUCGGAGGGCAUGCACGAUCUCCGUUCAGACUUCAGCAAGUGGCAGAUUUUCCUCUGCGAUGAACGGGUCGUUCCGGAGGAUGAUAAGGAAUCCACAUACGGCGUCUACAAACGGGACCUGUUGGAUUGUCAUCCGGAGUUUCCGAAAUCGAUUUUCUACCCGGUCAAUUGUAGCCUAAGCCCGACGGAAGCGGCAGAGGAUUAUGAGAAGACUAUCCGGAGGGCGUUCGGUUUGGAGAAAUCGAAGGAGAUUCCGUCGUUUGAUUUGUUAAUUCUGGGGAUUGGACCGGAUGGGCACACGGCUUCGCUCUUCCCGGGUCAUCCGCUGUUGGAGGAAAAGGUGAAGCUGAUUGCUCCGAUUGAGAACUCACCGAAGCCACCACCCAAGCGGGUCACGAUGACCUAUCCGUUGAUCAACAAUGCGAAGGUUUGCUUGUUCGGCUCGCAAGGGGAAUCGAAGGCGGAUAUGUUGAAGAAGAUUUUGGUGGACAAGGACGAAUCUCUACCGGUGACCCGGGUGGAUCCUAAGAAUGGUCGGUUGAUUUUCGUGGCAUGCGAUGGAGCUGCCAGCAAAAUUGGUGCAAAUCCGAGCCGUAAAGCCAAGGCUUGAGAGGCAGACACAUGUUGCAUUUAAAUGCUCUCACUAAGUGUGCCUUAGAAGUGAUGCAGAGGAAGAUAAAGCCAGUGCACAAUCUACAGCUAUUCGAUGGUUAUGUGAUAAGGAAUUUGUGUUUUUAUUGUUUGAAUCGUAAAAGUAAAAUAAAUUAAACUACAAUAUAAUACAA